AGAAGACAGUGGCUGCUUAGGUUUCCGUCGAGAUCAGACACAUCUCGGUACUCCGUCGCUUCCGGAAUUUUCCAGAUCAAUACCGGAGUUUCUACGUUUCAGCGGCUCGUCAACACACUCGGUACUCCCAAGGACACGCCGGAGCUCCGGGAUAAACUGCACAAGACACGAUUGCAUAUUGGGCAGCUUGUGAAGGACACUUCAGCUAAACUCAAAGAAGCUAGUGAAAAUGAUCAUCAAAGUGGUGUGAAUCAUAAGCAUGAUGUCUAUGCAUUACAACAUAUUUACACGAUCGAUGUAGUGCUAGAUCUUAGCUCCGGCAUUUCAGAAGACAUGGGAGGCAGCUUGCGAGCACCAAGGGACAACAAGGUUUUACGUUCCAGAAGGUGUAUUCUUAGUUGCCACAACUCCUCCAAAUGUGCCAAAGGCAUAACGUUAUAUGAAUGUGUUUCGAUGCCAAACGUACACAGUUCUAACACGGACGUGAUCCACGUGCACAGCUCCUCUAACAUCAGAAUCUUGAACUCAACCAUUGGAGUCGGAGACGAUUGCGUCUCCAUCUCAAGUGGGAGCAUCGACGUGCUCGUUUCCGGCACACGUUGUGGUCCAGGCCAUGGAAUCAGCAUAGGGAGCUUGGGGAAGUAUAAGAACGAGGAGGAAGUGAAAGGGAUCAUUGUUCAAAACUGCACCAUUAGCGGAAUUCGGAUCAAGACAUGGCCUACAUCGCCACCGAGCCAAGCCAAUAAUAUAAUAUUCGAGGACAUUAUGAUGAUUAACGUCUCCACCCCCUUUAUCAUUGAUCAAGACUAUUGCCCUUCUAAUAGCUGCAACACCACCUUUGUAACCAUCGAUGGUGAAAGUGAGCAACAUAGAGUUCAAAAACAUAAGAGGCUGAAACAGAACCGGCAAAGCCAAAGCGAGGUAUCAAGAAACAAUCUGGCCGUGGAAAAUGCUCUUGCUAUCACAUUGUUCACAAUUGAGAGGGUUCUAGUUGAGAAGGUGGAGGAUGCUAACAAAGCUGGAGGCCUUAAC